AUGACAGAAGAAACCAAAGCUACCCAAGCGACAAAUGAAGCCAACAAGGAAUCCAGUGCGGCUGCAGCUAAAGCCGCCAAGAAAGUAAAGAAACCAGAAAAUGAAGUACCUCGCGGUCAGCCAAAAUCACACAGGCCAUGGAAAACACCAAAAACCAAAUUCUCCACCAUACAAAAAACUAAACCACGUCUAACAUUCGAAAAGAAAAUGGAACUGCGAAAUCAAUUGCGUGCCAUCAAAGAGCGUUCACGCGAAAUCAAAGAAGCCAAAAAGGAGGCGGCAUUGGAAAAGAAACAACGACGUUUGGAAAAUGCCGAACGCCGUUUGGCCAACGAACGUAAGGCUGAAAUUGUGCAGGUCAUUAAGAAUCCGGCCAAAUUGAAACGUAUGAAAAGGAAACAAAUGCGUUUGAUUGAGAAACGCGACUUGAGUCAAGUUAAAGUGGUGUAGU